AUGGCUGAAAUAUUGUCAGCAAGAUGUUCACAUUGUAAAAAAACGGGAAUUGCUCAAUGUGAUGGAUGUUCCAAUCGUUUUUGUCCAACACACUUUCGCGAACAUCGUCAAUAUCUAGAUACUAAAUUUGCUCAAUUAUUGCAUGAUAGAAGUAAUUUACCUCAUCAUAUCGCGGAUCAUUCAUCGAAGAUCAAGCAGUCUCAACUAAAAGCUCUUCUCCAUGAUAUCAACCAGUGGGAGGAACAAGCAUUGAAAAGUGUUACACAAAUGGCCGAUCGUGUACGAAACCGUAUUAAAGAACUGAUGACAACAAAAACUUCUACUAUCAAAGCUGACUUAGACCAAAUUUCGAUGGAAUUACGAAAAUGUAAAUUUGAAAAUAAUUAUUUUGAACAAGAUAUCAAACAAUUAAGUGCAAGACUCCAUCAAAUUCAAAUCGAUCUUGAUCGGAAUAAAACUCGUGUCAAAAUGAUCAUUCCACCCAUCAAAUUGAAUUCACAAGUUCUUGUCUCAUUCGACCGUGAUAUUCGCCACGGAAAAGAAUAUUUCUUCGAUGGAACACUAUUAUGUCGCGAGCAUCAAAUUCAAUUGAAUGAAUUUUACGGAAAACGAAAUCAAAUGUGGCGACUCACUUACAAAGCUACACGAGACGGAUUUUCUAGUACGGAUUUUUAUCGAUGUUGUGAUAGAAAAGGUGCAACAUUGACUGUGAUUCAAUCAUCGAGUGGACAUUUAUUUGGUGGAUACACGUCAGUCAAUUGGGAAACUCACGAAGAUUGGAAAUGGUCCGUGGAUAUGGACGCAUUUCUGUUUACGCUAAUUAAUCCGCAUAAAAUUCUACCUACUAAAUAUCAAAUAAAUGCUGAAGGUCGAAAUGCAAUUGGUUGCAAAGCAACGAUGGGACCAACCUUUGGUCUAUGGGACAUUUGUAUUCAUUCAGAUAGUAAUCAAAAUGCUCGCAGUACUGUUAUGUUUCCUACUGAUUAUAUUGAUUCAACUGGUAAAGGACGUCUCACAUUCACUGGUUCACAUUAUUUCAAAACUGUUGAAAUUGAAGUCUAUGCUCUCAAGCACAAAUGA